AUGGGCUCAGCCUGGAGCAGCCCCGAGGAGCGGGAGCCUCUGUUGCCCCCUACGCCGCCCGCCGGGCCUCGCGUGUACGGGCGGCGCUGGCUGGUGCUGCUGCUCUUCUCGCUGCUGGCCUUCCUGCAGGGCCUGGUGUGGAAUACGUGGGGCCCUAUUCAGAACUCGGCCCGGCAGGCCUUCGACUUCUCCAGUUUGGAUAUCGCCCUGUUGGUCUUCUGGGGACCCAUCGGCUUCGUGCCCUGCUUCGCCUUCAUGUGGCUGAUGGACAAGAAGGGCCUCAGGGAAACUGUGUUGCUAACAUCCUUUCUCAUGGUGGUAGGCGCUGGUCUGAGAUGCAUACCUGUAUCCAACCAAGAAACAAGGAAAUGGCUAAUACACGGAGGACAGCUGUUAAAUGGAUUGGCAGGCCCAACUGUAACAAGUGCUUCUCCACUUCUUUCUACUACAUGGUUUUCACCAGAUGAACGUGCCACUGCCACAGCUAUUGCAUCAUUGAUCAGUUACCUUGGUGGAGCAUGUGCGUUUUUAGUAGGGCCUUUGGUAGUUCCAGGGCCAAAUAGCACAUCAGCAGUUCCACCUGUGUUUGGAAAUAGUCCUGAGUAUAUAAAGGACCGCAUUGAGGCUGUAUUGUUUGCAGAAUUUGGCAUUGUGGCUGUGAUAUUCUCUGCAGCGCUAGCUUACUUCCCAUCACGACCUCCGUUCCCACCCAGCGUGGCUGCAGCUAGUCAGAGGCUCAGCUAUAGAAGAAGUUUUUGUAGGCUGCUCAGCAAUCCCCGGUUUUUGAUGAUUGCUCUGGCCUAUGCAAUACCACUGGGAGUUUUCUCAGGAUGGUCUGGUGUUCUUGAUUGGAUAUUAACUCCAGUUCACAUCAGCCAAGUGGAUGCAGGUUGGAUUGGAUUUUGGUCCAUUGUAGGCGGCUGUGUUGUUGGCAUAGCACUAGCAAGGUUUGCUGAUUUUAUCAGAGGAAUGCUGAAACCUAUCCUACUUCUGUUACUAUCAGGAGCAACUCUGUCAUCUUUUUGGUAUACUUUAACAUGUUUAAAAACUGGCAUUCACCUUCCUUUAACUACAGCCACACUUUAUACUUCCUGCAUUUUGCUGGGUGUCUUCUUGAACAGCAGCGUCCCUAUCUUCUUUGAACUUUUUGUGGAAACGGUCUAUCCUGUUCCUGAAGGGAUUACCUGUGGCGUGGUCACCUUCCUAAAUAACAUGUUCAUGGGAGUGCUUUUAUUUUUCUUUAGUUUCUACCAUAAAGAACUUUCCUGGUUUAACUGGUGCCUCCCAGGUUCCUGCUUACUAAGCCUUCUACUCAUCUUGUGCUUCAGGGAAUCCUAUGACAGACUUUAUCUGGAUGUGAUUGUCUCUGUAUGAAAACCUAAAGCAAGGAAGUUAAAGAAGAUGGAAAAUAAUACUGGAUUUGACCUGUUUUUCUUGAAAAACACAUAGACUAAAGGUUACAGUACAAAUUCAAAAAAUCACCAGGAUUUUUUGGUUGAAUUUACAUACAAAAUGGGUUGUUUUUAAUUCCUAAUACGGUAUUUUAUCAUUUAGAUUAUUAUGAUGAGCCUUGCCUUUGAAUGGAAUUA